ACUCAUUUCUCUCUGCUAUUCGUCUAUCAAAUUGAUCCUCCCGCCAUAAACCAAAUCCCUCGACGUCUCUGAGAAGAACUAUUCGGAUCCCUAACCAUUGCAGAUUUCCCCUUUUUUUCGCAGUCAUAGAUAUGAAAUCUGGCCUCUUUACAAUUGGUUUCUCCACGAAUAGAAGCUUUGUUCCGCAUGUCAAACAGUUUCCUAUGCUUAAUGGAAAGAUACCUUGGAGCAUCUCUACGUACCAUUCAUUUUCGAAGAAGGUAAAAUCGUGGUCCAACAGAGGAAUACCAAGGAUCAUGUGGCGUAAAUCUCAGAUGAAUUGCUGUCGAUUGGAGUUCAGGAGGCAAGCUGUCUUUAACAGUACUGCAUCCAAUAUUGUAGUGGCAAGCAGGUCUUCUUUAUGUACAUAUAAGGUUGAAGAAGAAACUGAAUCGUCAACAUUGCUUUUGUCUACCAUAGUUAACAAGUGGAAUCAGUUGUAUGUAACAACUAUAACAGGGUUGCUAGCGUGUACUCUUCUAUUUGUGCCAUCAGCUGAGGCAGUUGAUUCCCUCAAGACAUGUUCUUGCCUAUUGAAGGAAUGCAGGGUGGAACUAGCAAAGUGCAUUGCUAACCCUUCUUGCGCUGCAAAUGUUGCAUGUCUGCAAACCUGCAAUGAUAGGCCCGAUGAGACUGAAUGCCAGAUUAAAUGUGGGGACCUGUUUGAGAACAGUGUUGUAGAUGAAUUCAAUGACUGUGCAGUCUCACGUAAGAAAUGUGUUCCAAGAAAAUCAAAUGUCGGAGAGUUUCCUGUGCCCGAUCCAUCUGUUGUUGUCAGAACGUUUAAUAUAUCAGAUUUCAGUGGGAAGUGGUACAUAACAAGCGGCCUAAAUCCUACUUUUGACACAUUUGACUGCCAAUUACAUGAGUUUCACGUGGAAUCAGACAGGCUCGUGGGAAAUUUGUCUUGGAGGAUACGUACACCAGAUAGUGGUUUCUUCACUAGAUCCGCCGUCCAGAGAUUUGUACAAGAUCCUUCGCAGCCUGGGGUACUCUACAAUCAUGACAAUGAGUACCUCCACUAUCAAGAUGAUUGGUAUCUCUCUCGAUUCAUAUAAAUCCAUCUACUGUCAUCCCUAAUUGUUUGCUAUAUGUUCUGUUUGUCACAUGGUG